GGGGGUGGUCGUAAAAACAGGCCCACAGAGGGGACUUGUGUGGGGAGGCGAGUAGGGCUGAGGUCUGCAGAGGUUUGCCUGGAUCGAGAAGGGGGCUCUGACAGCCUCGCCUUGUCCUCAGACCGAACAGGCAGUUCCUCGCUGUAUGAACUUGGGUACCAGUGCUUAACUUCUAUGAGCUUCAAUUUCCCCAUCUGUACAGUAGGGACGAAAACAGUCUCAGUCUCAUUGAAUUGUUGAGAGAAUUAGAAACGCCAAACUCCAUGAAAAGCUUUUCACACUUUGGCUGGCACAUAGUAAAGGCCCUUUUCUUUGUAAAUUUUGUAUACCUCUACAUCAAUUUUACUUAUUUGCAUAUUCUGCAGUACUACAAAAUGGAAUUCCUUGUGUUUCCCAGCAAUCAUACUGCGAUGAAACUUUUUUUACCAUGAAAAAAAUUCAGAUAUACACAAAAGCAGAGAGAUUAGUAAAAUAAACCCCUAAUCAAAUAAUAAAUAAACUCCUGAGUGCCCAUCACCCAGAAUAAGAAGUCUUUAAAUACUAUUGCUUUACCACUCCCCUUCCUCCCUCUAGGCUCUGACACACCUGUUCUCCGUUCCCCCAGCGCCAUGAGGGGCCUUCUGUGCUCACCACUGCCCUUGCUGUUGCUGCUCCUCCUGCCCUGGGAAACUCAGCUCCAGUUCACAGGUCCCAAGUGCAGAUCUGGCCCCCUAGAUUUGGUGUUCGUGAUUGACAGCUCCCGGAGCGUACGCCCUUUUGAGUUCGAGACCAUGAGGCAGUUCCUGGUGGGCCUGCUGCGCGGCUUGGAUGUGGGGCCCAACGCCACGCGCGUCGGUGUGAUCCAGUAUUCGAGUCAAGUGCAGAGCGUCUUCCCUCUUGGCGCCUUCUCCCGCCACGAAGACAUGGAGCGCGCCAUCCGUGCCCUGGUGCCGCUGGCCCAGGGCACCAUGACUGGGCUGGCAAUCCAGUACGCCAUGAAUGUGGCCUUUAGCGUGGCCGAGGGCGCGCGCCCGCCAGAGGCGCGUGUGCCGCGCGUCGCCGUCAUCGUGACCGACGGGCGGCCCCAGGACCGCGUGGCCGAGGUGGCGGCUCAGGCGCGCGCCCGCGGCAUUGAGAUCUAUGCUGUAGGGGUGCAGCGCGCCGACGUGGGCUCGUUGCGCGCCAUGGCGUCGCCUCCGCUGAAUGAGCAUGUCUUCCUUGUCGAGUCCUUCGAUCUUAUCCAAGAGUUUGGGCUGCAGUUCCAGGGCCGGCUGUGCGCUGUUGACCUGUGCGCCCAAGGGACCCACGGAUGUGCACACCACUGUGUCAGCUCCCCGGGCUCCUAUUCCUGUCGCUGCCGAGCUGGCUUUGUGCUCCAGCGGGACCAAAGGAGCUGCAGAGCUAUCGACCACUGCAGCUUCGGGAACCACAGCUGCCAGCACGAGUGUGUCAGCACCCUCAGUGGGCCACGGUGCCACUGCAGAGAGGGCCAUGAUUUGCUGUCCGAUGGGAGGCGCUGUCAGGCCCGGGACCUUUGCAAUGGUGUGGACCAUGGCUGUGAAUUCCGGUGUGUGAGUGAUGGCCUCUCCUAUCGCUGCCUGUGCCCUGAGGGGCGGCAGCUCCAGGCAGAUGGCAAGAGUUGCAGCCGGUGCCGGGAAGGCCAUGUGGACCUGGUUCUGCUCGUCGAUGGCUCCAAGAGCGUGCGCCCGCAGAACUUCGAGCUGGUGAAGCGCUUCGUGAACCAGAUCGUGGACUUCCUGGACGUGUCCCCCGAGGGCACGCGCGUGGGGCUGGUGCAGUUCUCUAGCCGCGUGCGCACCGAGUUCCCUUUGGGCCGCUACGGGACGGCGGCGGAGGUGAAGCAGGCGGUGCUGGCGAUAGAGUACAUGGAGCGCGGCACUAUGACCGGCAUGGCGCUGCGCCACCUGGUGGAGCACAGCUUCUCCGAAGCGCAGGGUGCACGGCCCCGCGCCCUCAACGUGCCUCGCGUCGGCCUGGUCUUUACGGAUGGCCGCUCCCAGGACGACAUCUCCUUGUGGGCGGCGCGCGCCAAGGAGGAAGGCAUUGUCAUGUACGCCGUGGGCGUGGGCAAGGCGGUGGAGGAGGAGCUGCGGGAGAUCGCCUCGGAGCCAUCGGAGCUGCAUGUGUCCUACUCCCCGGACUUCAGCACCAUGGCGCACCUGCUGGAGAACCUCAAAGGCAGCAUCUGUCCGGAGGAGGGCAUCAGCGCCGGGACGGAGCUGCGGAGCCCGUGUGACUGCGAAAGCCUCAUGGAGUUCCAGGGCCGCACGCUAGGAGCGCUCGACAGUCUGACCCAGAACCAUAUCCUUUGUGGCCGGGGGCGCGGGCUGGAGGGAAGGCGAGAGACCUUGCGAAUCCCAACAGCUUCCUUAAUCGCACACUGGCCCAGCUGACCGCGCGCCUGGAGGCCCUGGAGAACCAGCUGGCCAACCAGAAGUGAGAGCCGCGGGUGGCCCGGAGCCAGGCUGGGCACAGC